CUUUUUUUUCUCGUUCUGUUCUUCAUCCCCAUGGGGCUUUCUUCAGGAGAGAUCUGCAACAGCCAUCCUCUCUCGCACGCGUCCUAGACUGCCUCAAUCACCAUGAACGAGAAGACGGCGACGGGCGUGAUUGCCCACGAUGAGAACAUCGCCCCCAUCUCCAAGCCCGAGCUGUCUCAUGCAGCUCGUGGCCCUGCCCUCAACCUGAUCGAGAAUCCCUUGACGCGCAAAUCCUCGGAGCAGGUUGCAAUCGACGCUCGCGCGUUCGCCGAAGCCCACGGUAUGUCGGAGCACGCCGACGUUUUCGCUCGAGGCGCUCUGGUCGCGCGGGACCCUCAGCAAUUCGAGGCGGUCGCUGAGCUCACCGGACCGGAGCGGACUGCGCUCGCCUACGAGCGGGACCACAAAUGGCACGGUCCGUUCAUGCUCUGGUAUUCGAUCGCGCUGUGUGCGGUGGGCGCCGCGACGCAGGGAUGGGAUCAGACGGGAUCCAACGGCGCCAACCUGUCCUACCCACAGGAAUUCAACAUCGCGGGUAAGGGCCGUGACGAAUGGAUUUUGGGUUUAGUUAAUGCUAUCAUCUUCUUGACUGCCGGGUUGAUUGGCGCCUUCAUCGUCGACCCGCUCAACCACUACCUCGGCCGACGCGGCGAGAUCUUCGUGACGGCAUGCUGUCUAACGGCCACACCCAUCGGAUCCGCCUUCGCCAAAUCGUGGCAGGGGCUGUUCGCGGCACGGUUCGUGAUGGGCAUUGGGAUUGGGGCCAAGAACGCGACGGUGCCUAUCUACUCGGCGGAGAUGGCACCGGCGCGCAUCCGCGGGGCGCUGGUGAUGUUCUGGCAGCUGUGGGUGGUGGCGGGCAUCUUCCUGGGGUUCGCGGCGAACGUGAUCGUGAAAGACACGGGCCGCAUCGCGUGGCGACUGCAGCUGGGGUCGGCGUUCAUCCCCUCGUUCAUUUUGGGCGCGGGCAUCUUCUUCUGUCCCGAGUCGCCGCGCUGGCUGAUGAAGCACGGCCGCUACGCCCAGGGCUUCCGGUCGAUGCUGCGGCUGCGCGCCCACCCGAUCAUCGCCGCCCGCGACUACUACUACUCGUACGUGAUCUACGAGGAGGAGCUGCGCGAGGCACGAGGGGCCGGCUAUUUCUCGCGCAUGUGGGACUGCUUCGCUGUGCCGCGCAUCCGACGGGCCAACUACGGUGCCUCGACCGUGAUGAUCGCGCAGCAGAUGUGCGGCAUUAACAUCAUCUCGUUCUACAGCUCGACCAUCUUCGAGAGAGCCGGCUACGACGCCACGCAGGCGCUGUACGCCUCGCUGGGCUACGGCGCCAUCCAGGUGGUGUUCACCAUCCCGACGGUGUUCCUGAUCGACACGAAGGGCCGUCGCACGUUGACUUUGCUCACCUUCCCGCUCAUGUGCAUCUUCCUGCUGGCCGCCGGCUUGUCGCUGCUGAAAACCGACGGCACCAAGGGCGAGAAGAUCGGGCCUGUUGCGCUAUUCGUCUACCUGUUCACCAUCUGCUACUCCCUCGGCGAGGGCCCCGUCGCCUUCCAGUACUCGGCCGAGGUGUUCCCGACCAUCCAGCGUGAGCAGGGCAUGGCCUGGGCCGUGUGCAUCAACAACACCUUCGCCGGGAUCCUAAGUCUCACCUUCCCACGCAUGCAAAGCGUAAUGACACCAACAGGCGCCUUCGGCUUCUAUGCAGGACUCAACUUAAUCGCCUGGUUCAUGAUCUUCUGCUUCGUCCGCGAGACAAAGCAACUGACCCUCGAGGAAAUCGAUCAGGUAUUCUCCGUCCCAACGAAGAAGUUCCUCCACCACGAGUUGACGGUGUGGCUACCCUGGUUCAUCAAGCGGUACAUCUUCCGGCGGAAGAUCGAGCGCCCGCCGCCUAUUAUUGCUACCGCCGGGAUGGGGGCGCAGAGGGAUGUGAGUGUGCAGGUUUCGUGAGCGUUGUAUUGAGGUAUGUGGGAAGGGACGGGGGAUGUGGGACUGGGUGCAUGUUGUGUUGAGUUAUUGAGUGGUUGUUAUAUACAUGCUUCCAUCCUUCGUAUUUCACUUAAUCUUGAUGGAGAGAUGCGUUCCGGGGGAGAACCCCCGGACCCCCCUUUUUUUUUCAAA